UUGUGCAUUCCUUAACUUUGUUCCCACGUGGUUCGAGAGAAUCAGCAUGAUGAUCAUCCUUCUGAACUGCGUUACAUUAGGAAUGUAUCAGCCAUGUGCAGACGAGUUGUGUGCGUCCAGUCGUUGUCAGACUCUUCAGUUAUUUGAUCAUCUAAUCUUUGCUUUCUUCUCCGUGGAAAUGAUCAUUAAGGUUGUGGCUAUGGGUCUUGUGGGGAAAACGACCUACUUGGCAGACACUUGGAACCGACUGGAUAUGUUCAUUGUGACAGCUGGGACUCUUGAAUAUUGUUUGGAUGUUGGAAGUAUUAAUCUAUCUGCCAUCAGGACUAUUCGUGUUCUACGUCCUCUUAGAGCCAUUAACAGAAUACCAAGUAUGCGGAUCCUGGUGAUGCUAUUACUGGACACCCUCCCCAUGUUAGGCAACGUUCUCCUCUUGUGUUUCUUUGUAUUCUUCAUUUUUGGUAUUGUAGGGGUUCAGCUAUGGUCGGGUAUUCUCAGACAGCGAUGUUUUAUGGAACAGCUACCUCCAAAUAUCAAUCGUCCCGGGUAUAUUUCUGCGUAUUAUGUUGAGAAAGUGAAAAUUGUUAAUCCAGUGUCUUCUUAUUACCAAAGCCAACUGGCGCAGAAAGACUACAUAUGUAGCAUGAAAGAAGACAAUGGAAUGCAUACUUGUGACAAGCUGCCACCAUAUCGAUAUCAAGACAGGAUGUGUAAUUCAUCUGUUCAGCCUAAAAGCACGAACACUCCCACAAAUUCAUCAUGUGUGAACUGGAACCAAUACUAUACAAUUUGUCGUGCAGGUGAUAAAAAUCCAUUUCGGGGAGCCAUAUCAUUUGAUAAUAUAGGAUUAGCAUGGGUAGCUAUAUUUUUGGUAAUUAGCUUAGAAGGCUGGACAGAUAUAAUGUAUUAUGUCCAAGAUGCUCAUUCAUUUUGGGAUUGGAUGUACUUCAUGUUACUUAUUGUGGUUGGAUCAUUUUUUAUGAUCAACCUUUGCUUGGUUGUGAUCGCAACACAAUUUUCCGAAACAAAAAAGAGAGAACUGAAGAGAAUGAAACAAGAACGUGCUCGCUUUCAAUCAACAAGUACUCUUGCUAAUACCAGUGCAUCAGAACAGCCACUGAGCUGCUACACAGAAAUGGUAAAAUAUCUAGCUCAUCUCGGACGUCGUGCAAGACGGAGAUUCCUACAGUGGUACAAACAAAUGCGUCGGAAACAUGGAAAAGAAGAAUUGUCUCAUUCAACUUCCUUACAAAGGAGGCAUCAAAGGCCUCCUUGGCAGCCAGGACAGAGUUCAAUGAAACAUCGUGAAUCCUGUCAUGAUAUUUCAAAUAAUAAUAAUUUUGAUUCCAUUAAUUCCAAUUCUAACUCGUGUGUGCAUAUGUCCCAAACACCCGAAAAUUCUGUUGUGUGGUCUCCUUGUGAAUCAUCUGUAGCUCCAUGUGCCAGUCCCGAGGUCUCGGAUAUUGAUCCCACAUCAUCACCAAGAAGACCAAGCUUGCUCAAAGUACCAAGCAAUCUUUGCAGUCCAGAAAAUUCCUCCAUAAGUGAAAUUCCUGUUUCUGUUGAGUGCCAAGAACCUGUACUGUCAGUUAAGAAACAACAGUCUCUUCCUAAACAAGUGAGUCUACAAGUUACCCAGCAACCUUCCGACACUUCUUGUGGCACAUCUCCACUCACAUGUGCUGAACUACUUGUUUUCACAGGAGCUCAGAGUGCCGCACUAGCAGCUAGUCUGGCCAGUAAUUAUGCUAUGCAGAGGUUCUACUCAACUUUAAGAAAGGGAGAAAAACAUCAUUCAGCUCCAGUUAUUCUCUGUGACGUUGAGAUGGAGAAAGGAGGUCAUGUUAGUCAUUUAGACUGUGUUUGGUCUGAGUCAGAAGGAGAAUAUGAUGGUGCAGCAUUGCAACAUGGAGCAACUAAGAGCUUCUGUUAUUGGUGGAAACCUCAUCAGGCUAAGCUCAAGUUUUUUGUUGACCAUAAGUAUUUUCAAAGAGGAAUUCUCACAGCAAUUUUGAUAAACACACUGGGUAUGGGUAUUGAAUAUCAUAACCAGCCGGAGGAAUUAACUUUAGCAGUGGAAGUGUGUAAUUUGAUUCUUACUGGCAUCUUUGGCUUUGAAAUGCUGCUUAAAAUCCUAGCUGAAGGCAUUUUUGGUUACAUUAGUAAUGGCUUCAAUGUGUUUGAUGGUGUGAUUGUGAUUCUUAGUAUUGUAGAGGUUUGGCAGAGUAGUGGCAGUGGGUUAUCAGUUUUAAGAACCUUCAGGCUUCUUAGGAUAUUAAAGCUGGUUCGUUUCAUGCCAGCACUCCGAAGACAACUUGUGAUUAUGCUACGGACCCUGGAUAACGUUGCAGUUUUCUUUGCUCUCCUAAUUUUAUUCAUAUUUAUUUUCAGUAUUCUAGGUAUGAACCUUUUUGGGUGUAAAUUUUGUGAAAGAGAUGAAGAUGGCAUGGUGCAGUGUGAUCGGAAGAACUUUGAUUCCCUUCUUUGGGCUAUAGUGACUGUGUUUCAGAUUCUUACUCAAGAAGAUUGGAAUGUCGUCCUUUUUAAUGGCAUGGAAAAAACUUCUCAUUGGGCUGCCCUGUAUUUUGUGGCUUUGAUGACAUUUGGAAACUAUGUCCUCUUCAAUCUUCUUGUAGCAAUUUUGGUCGAAGGAUUUUCUACUGAAUCACACAGAGUAAACAUAAUUGUGUGUGAAACUGUGGUAUUAAUCACACAGUAUACAGAGACAAGAAUGUUGUCUAAUCCACCAGUGUUUGAUGUCACAAAAUCCGAAAAGUUUGAUCCCAUGCCUAGUGAGCUGUUAUGCUUUCCACCAAUUAUCACCCACACCGCGGCUACACCACAAGGUUCACCAAAUACUACUUUGGAACCAUUAGUGCGAGAUUUAAAUAAUAAAUAUUCUCAAUUUACAGCUCUUAACAUCAGCAGCUCCUCAAUUGACUCAAUUGAUAAAUCUCCAACUCCAAGUUUGUCACACCUUCCUAAUAAUUACAAUAAAAACAGCAUGACUUUGGCUGUGCCAUCUGGUGAAGUUAGUGGACAUUUGGCAGGCUCUGACCAAAGGGGUCGUAAUUCUCCUGCUCCUCCGCUUCGUCGUAAUAGCCUGUCUCCCUCUGUUCUCAGUAGAAAUGAAUCCAUGUCUCGUUCACCAACACUUAAUAGUAAUGCUGGAUCAUUAAAGCUGCGUAGACGAGGUAGCAUGUGCAGUUGGAGAGCUUGGCAGAAAUGGAAGAAAGACAAGGAAAACUUGGUUAAUUCUGACAGUGGCUCAGUGACCGAUGGGGAAGAAAUGUUGUUGAACAACAAAACCAUAGUUUGUCAUAAUAAUCCUGCAGUUGAUCACGCCCAUUGUAAUGGAGGACUCCCAACUAUAAGCAACACCCCAAAUAACAAACGACCAUUGUUAUCGAAACAAAAUAGCAUCAGUAGCCAUAAAACACUCACUCCACAAAACUCUUUAAACAGUCAUUCUUCUCCGUCCCCAAGCGGAGUUCAUCUGGAGGCCCUCUACAGUCACAUUCCUUGCAGUCGUCAGGCUUCUGUUAACACAAGUGUGGUAAGUCACAACACACUGAGUCCUCAGCAAUCCCUGAACAGCCACAGUUUCAUUCCCAGUAGACAAAACUCCCUUACAGGUUCCUCACUAAAGGAUGACUUUAAAUCCAACAAUCUUGGUGAAAUACCAUCAGUGAAAAUUGUGAAUGGAAGCCAUCAAAUUGACAAGCAUUUCAGUGGAAAGCUUUGUUGGCUCAUCGAACCUCGGGGCUGUUUGAAAGAACGUAAAGAUUAUUCUCUAUUUCUUUUCUCCCCAACAAACAGACUUCGUCAGCUUUGUGAACAAAUUGCUGAUAAUAAGAACUUUGACUAUGGAGUAUUGUUUUUCAUCACUCUCAACUGCAUCACCUUGGCAAUGGAGAGACCCAACAUCCCACCAGAUAGUCCCGAAAGAGAGAUUUUAACAGCAUCCAACUAUGUCUUUACUGCCGUGUUUGCUGUGGAAAUGGCAGUUAAAGUAAUAGCCAAAGGCCUUUGGUAUGGAGAGAAUGCUUAUCUAAAAAGUGGAUGGAAUGUAAUGGAUGGAAUCUUGGUUUCAAUUUCUUUGCUGGAUUUUAUUUUGUCUUUUGUGGCACAUGGCAGUCCUAGAAUUUUUGGAAUCUUGCGAGUGUUUCGGCUUCUUCGUUCACUUCGUCCAUUGAGGGUGAUAAACAGAGCUCCAGGACUAAAGCUAGUUGUCCAAACUCUACUAUCUUCCCUUCGUCCAAUUGGCAAUAUUGUUCUUAUCUGCUGUACUUUCUUCAUUAUCUUUGGCAUCCUGGGAGUUCAACUGUUCAAAGGGAAACUUUACUACUGUGAUGGACCAACUCUGAAGGAUGUACAUAACAAAACUCAGUGUUUAGCAGCAGAUCCUCGUAAUGAAUGGGUGAAUCGAAAGUAUAAUUUUGACAAUCUGGGGCAGGCUCUUAUGGCAUUGUUUGUUUUGUCCUCGAAAGAUGGCUGGGUUAAUAUUAUGUAUACAGGACUGGAUGCUGUUGGUAUAGAUCAGCAGCCCAUUGAAAACUACAACGAGUGGCGACUAGUGUAUUUCAUAUCAUUCCUCCUUCUAGUUGCCUUCUUUGUUCUGAACAUGUUUGUUGGUGUCGUAGUUGAAAAUUUUCAUCGUUGCCGAGAGGAACAAGAAAAAGAAGAGAAGGCUCGCCGAGCUGCAAAACGUGCAUGGAAAUUGGAAAAGAAACGGCGAAGUAUGGAGAAUAAACUAAAUGAAAUAAGAGAACCCCCAUACUACAUCAACUUCUCCAAGCCACGACUUUUCAUUCAUAAUAUUGUAACCAGCAAGUACUUUGAUCUGGCAAUAGCAGCUGUGAUUGGUCUGAAUGUAGUUACCAUGGCCAUGGAGUUCUAUAUGAUGCCUGUGGAACUUAUUUAUGCCCUUAAAAUUUUCAACUACUUCUUCACUGCAGUAUUUAUUUUGGAAGCUGUCAUGAAGAUUGUUGCCCUUGGAGUCAGAAGAUAUCUCCAUGAUAA